ACCCCCGCAAGACCCGGGGCUCGAAGCCUGCACAUCAGCCUGCUCGCCUCUGCAGGAAGGGAAACUGAGGCCCAGCGGCUGGGGAGGGGCGGGUCCCAGAGCACGAGCCCCCGCCCCCAGUGGCCCCGCCCCGGCCAGUAAGAGCCCCAAGCGCGAGGCAGGGCGCAAAGUGGGGACAGCGGGCGACGGCGCGAUGGCUGCGCAGCGGCUGGGCAAACGCGUGCUGAGCAAGCUGCAGUCCCCGUCGCGGGCCCGCGGCCCGGGGGGCAGCCCCAGUGGGCUGCAGAAGCGGCACGCGCGAGUCACCGUCAAGUAUGACCGGAGGGAGCUGCAGCGGCGGCUGGACGUGGAGAAGUGGAUUGACGGACGCUUGGAGGAGCUGUACCGCGGCAGGGAGUCAGACAUGCCGGAUGAGGUCAACAUUGAUGACCUGUUGGAACUGGACAGUGAAGAGGAAAGAUGCCGGAAAAUCCGGGGACUCUUGGAGGCUUGUGCAAAUCCCACAGAGGACUUCAUCCAGGAGCUUCUGGCCAAGCUUCGGGGCCUGCACAAGCAGCCGGGCUUCCCACAGCCCAGCCCCUCAGAUGACCCCAGCCUGAGCCCCCGCCAGGACCGGGCCCACACUGCCCCACCCUGACUGCGCCCGCCGUGCUCCACACCCAAAGCCCAGAUCGUUUCUAAGUUGUAUUUAAUGGUUCCAUAACUGCCUCUGGUGUCUGGAUUUUCCUCUCCCCGUUAGUUACUCUGGCCUUCUGCAGCCCCUGUCCUUGGUCCCCCAGGCCACAGCUGGCCCUGACAGACGGAGAAACAUUCCUCCUGGCCACACAGCCUGAGAACAUACCCUACUGACCCUGAGGUGUCCUGGAGACUCGCAUCCUGUUUCCCUCCCCACCCCCCCAUAUGGACCCAGUCCCAGCUCCUGGGGAAGGCCAGGGCCAGAUCCCCGGGUCACGGGGGAUGUGCAAGGCCCACUGUGACCCCUGUCAUCUUCCCAUAGGGUAUCACACAGCGAUGAGGCCACUAGUCCACUCUAUGGAGAGUGUGCUUGGUGUAACUGUGGGAGCUGAGGCCACAGAACAGCAGUAUAUGGCAGUAAAGUGGGAGAGAAGAGCCCAAUUCAGUCAGGGACAACGAGUCCAGAAGUGCACAAUGGCCCUGGGUACCAGGGACAGGAGGGAGGAGCGUUGCCUCUUCUCUAGAGGUGGAGCCGCAGAACAAUAGGACACUAGAGGGAUCGCCAGAAAAUGACCAGCGAGAGACUAGGGGUGUGGCUGAGCUAGAGCACCUUCUUAGCAUAAUCAUGACUCUGGGUCCAUCCUCAGCAGGGCAAACAUAUCUGGGAGGGCUUCCUGGAAGAAGCAGCGUCAAGGCCAGAACUUACACAGGUUGCUUCAACCAUAUCUGCAGCGUGAACUUGGAAGCAGAGAGGUUGCUAUGAGGGUUCUGUUGGGGAUAAUACCAACUAUUGAUCAGGAUGGACAGUGUCUCCAGAGCCAGGCAGGGAAAUCGACCAAUCAAGAAUUACUGAUGCCUUCCGUAUGUCUCAGAAGUGGAGAGUGGACACUUAACAACAGCCUCCGUGUGACUGAGGUUCUGACCCCAAAGUUCAGGUUUCACCCGGCUUAGUGAGCUGGUGCACCCCACAUGCUGCCCACAGCCUCUCCCGGGACCAGGGCUCCAUCCUGGGGACCUGAGCCAAAGACCAGUAAGGGAAGAUAGUUAACAUCUGGCUCAUCCUCUGUCCAGCCUGCUGGGGGCCUAGCUGUCUCCACACAGAUGGCGCCUCAGCCUCCUCCUCCCUCAGAGCAAAGGGCUGAGAGGGGGAUGGUGGGUGUCAGUCAAAUGGUCCCCAUCACUUGGCCUCUUGUCCCCAGAACACUGCAUGAGCCACAGCCACAGAACUCUCUACUUCCCUUUCACAGAACCUGUUUUUGGUUCCUCAUGGUUGUGUUGUGGUAGUGACAAACCCCAGUUCAAGCCCCGGAUGUUCGUUCGCUGUGUCAGAUCUGCAGUUGUCUGUAGAAUACAAGAACAUCACAGAUAAAGAAUCAGAGGCCCAGAUCACCAGUUUGCUAAAAACAAAACUGGGACAAGGUAGGCCCUGGGGCUUCACUACAGUACUCCCAUCACUGGAUCAUUUUAGUUUUGGAAAGUGAUUGGCUAAUUCUUUUUUUUUUUUUAAAGAUUUAUUUUAUGUAUGUGAGUACACUGUAGCUGUCUUCAGACACACCAGAAGAGGGCAUUGGAUCCCAUUACAGAUGAUUGUGAGCCACCAUGUGGUUGCUGGGAAUUGAACUCAGGACCUCUGGAAGAGCAGUCAGUGCUCUUAAACGCAGAGCUAUAUCUCCAGCCCCUGUCUAAUUUUUACUAAGGUGUUGGUGACUGCUAACAGUUCUGGGAGAUGAUCCCGUGAAAAAGCAGUGCAAUUAUAAAAGUGUGAGGUCACAAAAAAAGCACCAGGAAGCUGCAAUGCCUCUGUGGUUAAAAGCCUAUAGACCAGGCUGGCCUCGAACUCAGAAAUCCACCUGCCUCUGCCUCCCAAGUGCUGGGAUUAAAGGCGUGUGCCACCACCGCCCAGUGUCACACACCUUUAACACCUUUAAUCCCAGCACUCAGGCAGAUCUCUGAGUUCCAGGACAGCCUGGUCUACAGAGUGAGUUCCAGGACGGCCAGUAACAGAGAAACCGUGUCUUGAAAAUGUCACCCCACCCCCCAAAGGAGGAGAGAUACUGGAGAGAUGGCUCUGAGGCUGAGGGCAUUGGCUGCUCUUCGGAGGACCCAGGUUCAAUUCCCAGCACCUACAUGGCAGCUCACAACCUUUUGCAACUCCACCAUUCUCUGGCCUCUGUGAGCACCAGGUACCACACAUGCAAGCAGAACCCUCACGCACUAUGUCUUGAGAAGUCCUGGAGCCUCAAUGAGAGCUUCCAUACCUGCGUUCAGGAAUAAAGAUGAGUAGAUCCACGCCUGCUUCUGAAGGCUGUGAGGUUUCUGGAAAAGACAAGGUGUGUACACAGGAUGAACCCUGUCAUGGUGGGAAGGUGCUGACUGCCCCACACAGAAGAUGGUCUGCAUCACAGGCUUGUGGUGUGCUGUCCCCGAGGGGGACUAGUGACCCAGCUCACCACCCUCUCUCACUGUGGCACAUGCCUCCCUGGAGACCCUCCAUCCCCCCUCCCAGUUUGCUUCCUACUGGGCAGACAAAUGAUGAGAUUUCUCAGAGUCCUCUUGCAGUCUCCGCCCACCCUGUUCCCUGCUUGCUUUGCUUACCCCCACUCGGAUAAAAAUCCAUUUCCCCAGCUGUUGAGUUGGCUCAGUGACACCUACCAUUGAGUGUGACAAACAGUUCCAUCCUCAGGACCCACAUGGUGGGAGGAGAGCGCGCCUCUGAUGGUUGCCCUCUGAUCCCCACAUGUGCUCUCUCCCAAAUAAAUACUUUUUUCAAAAAUGAA